AUGCCUACCCUUCUACGAACUAAGCCAGAAAUCAUGACCUCACUGAGACAAUGGAAUAUCAAGGGGAUAACAAAAGAAAAGACAACACCCUUCACCAGCCAGCUGGCACAGCACAAUAAGUCGGCAUCAUCACUGAGUGUUGUCAUUCUCUGGACCAAGCUACGGCCUCGUCAAAGAGACAAAUGGUGUCAAUACCUCGACAAACGUUCUGCCGAAAACGGUUACGCUAUUACUCCCCUUUCUGUCCUGGCCCAUCUACCAACGUUUGUCGAGGGAUCAACUUCAUUUGUCUCUUUGACGUGUUCGCGGCGAAUGGCAAAACUCACUGAUGAUGCCGACUACGAUGCCGGCGAAACAUUUGAGAAUGUAAUUUCUGCUGCCUGGCCGGGCCGAAUCCUGUUCCUCACCGUUCAUGGAAGAAAUGCAGAAGAGGCAACCACUGUAACCAUCAAGCCCUCUUUUCGCCCUAUUGCGCCUGACUGGAAUCUCGUCUCUGAGGCACCCGGGUCAACAAUUAACACGAUCUCACCCUAUAGCAACCGCAUCAAGUAG